GCCCGAUACAGAUGGGAGGGAAAAUAAAAAAAAAGCAAAAGUUAAAAACUUUAAAUGUUAUUAUGUGCAAGCAUGCAGACAUCUAUAGUUUUUAACCGGUUUUUCGACAACAAACAAAAUUCAAUUGUGACUCGAACACUUUCGUCCAAAAAAGAAGAAGCAAGUAAAAAGAUAAUUGUUGUAUUCUCUUUGAACUUAACAUUGAAAAUUUGCCAACAGUCUCGGUGCGGUCUCCAAAGAGUGCGGUAAUGAUAUUAAAGUAUUAAAAUAAAUAAUAUUGCUCAUAAUAAGUUAUUCGAUUUCUUUCUGUGAACAUUCUAUUGUGCAUGUAAAAUACAAAUGCUUUGCACAAUCGAAUAGAAGAAUAAAAAACGUAAUCCUUUAUUUCUACAAUGAUCUUUAUUGACUCGCCAUCAAGGAAUAUCGUGUAUUAAAAGUUAAAAAUAGACGUAAGCAAUUUUUCAAUAAAAGAAGUAGAAAAUUGCAAACUGUGUCAUGAGCAAACAGUUGAUCGAAAUCGACAAGUCAAGUGGUAUCAAAUAAAUUGAAAGACAUUCUCGUUCAAGAAACAAUUUUAAGGAGCUUUUCAGAAAAAAACCCUUCACUGUCAAACGAAGGACUUGUCGUAAUUCUCAUGAUGUUAAAAAUGUUAAAGUGACUAAUCUUCUUAUAUCAAAAUGAAUAGUCGGGAACGAAUAAGGAUUUGCAAACAACAGGAACGUGGGGGAUCACUUAAUGCAAACCUUGUAAUACGUCGAUUAACAGUGUUGUGUGAAGGCAGGCAAUAUGUUGAAGCUGCACAUUUAAUUAAUCGUCUUAGUUCAUCUGCAUUAUGUAUGGUUGCAUGUGAAAUGCCAUUAGAUUUAUUGGCUGAAGCAUUACCUUACAGUUCCACACUAUUGGAAUGUCUCUUUUGCAGAUUAAAUUCAUUAUUGAAAGACAAUUGUAAAGCAAGCAGUAACUCAAAGCCAAACGUGUCAGUUGAUGGAAUUAUAUGGCAUUUAGUAAAAUUAUUUGGCAGCCCAUAUGAAUACACUCUAAUGAAAAAAUGUGAAAAACUCGUGUUGUAUAUUGGAUUAUGGAAAUCUGAAAUCAAAUGUGAAUUGAAGGAAAAGGAAAAGUUGAUGGAAACAGCAAUACAAGGUUUAGGAUUUCAUGGAUUAACACAUCUGACAAAUGAAAAUGGAAAUUUCAUUUCACUCCAAUCGGCCAUAAAAUCCUCACUUCAAUUACACAUUGAGACAUAUAAGCAUGCCAUAAAUAUAAUUGAUGAGUCUGAUAGUCAUUCUAAUUCUGAUCCCGCAAAUUCUUCACAUCAAAGACUUUUAUCACUUAAGUACGAUGACAUACAGAAAAGACUUAUAAGCAAUAAAACUCUACUGACCAAAUUAGAAGUACCUUCAUUGAGGCAAUUAUACGAACUAGUUGAAAAUUUAAAGCAAAGAGUCGAGAAGGACAAAGAGGCUUUAGUAUGUAUGAAUCACAUAAAGAAGUAUGAUAAGGAUGUCAAUUUUAAAGAAUGUGCUGCCGCAAAAAUAAUGAUGGAGACGAUGAAAGGCUGCAAAAUUGUAGAAUCGCUGAUGAAUGUAGCAUUAAAUGAGAAUUUAAAUUCCAAAUCAUUAUCUCAGCAUAAAGGAGACAAUAAUUCUGAAAGUGACGGAUAUCAUUCAGAUCAUUCGGAUGGCUCAGAAUCUGAUGAGCACAAAAUUCUCGUUGAUGAAUACAAUUUGAUGUUUAAAAGCUUACGGCUUGACACUUUCAAAUCACUCAGUGAAUCAAACAAUUUUCAUAUUGCAGAAUCUGUUAAGUUGAAAAUUUUAUUUUCCAUCGUUGUCAUAGCAUUCAGACUGUGCCAUAAUUUGCGAGAAAGAAAGCUUUCGGAGACAAAACGAAUACUCUGUGUUCGUGCACAUGACAGUACAGAUAGACAUCGAGAUGCCGCUAAUGCAAUAGAAAAUUCAAUUCGGAAUUAUUUGCAAUCGACGUGUGACGUUUUCUGUCUCGAUGAAGUUGAGAACUCUAUAUCAACUCAGAUUUACACAACAUUGCAUGGAUAUUCCUGCAUAAAUCAAUUACUCGAUACCCUAAGCAUUUACAUCGAGAAAGUAUCGAGACUAGCAUGGAAAUUGAGCAAUCAAAUACCGCCAUAUAAUCUAGAUGCUGACUUCACCCUUAGUACAAUAAAUCAAAACAAACACGCUAGAACAUCUCGGUCGAAUCAAAAUUCCACGAUUAUACAACAAUUUUUGUGGCCUGCAUUAUUACGAGAUAAUAAAUGUGUAUCUAAAGCAAUUGUUGUUACCUAAAUCAAUUUACUGUAAUUUAAUAUAUAUCAUGUUUUUAUUCAAUCUUUAUUGUAUUUUUAUUUUUUUUUUUUGAAUGUCUAUUUUCUGUAAUAAUCUAUCCGAGAAAUAAAUUUUAUUUAUUAUUGUUUGAACG